AUGUCAGCUUCUGCAAAAGUCCUUGCUCUUGACAAGCACACCAAAAAUGGAGACUGGACAGUGGUGUUACCUCGUCGAGGCAAGAGGAGGAUUUGUUCCCAAAGAAAUAGGACUCCAGAAGCAGAACAGCUGCCAUGGGUUCCGACUGAGCUUGAAUCUGACCCAGACAGAGAAGCAAAGUUGAUACAAAAGAUGGAAAUCUGUAUCAAGAAAGUGGAGACCUCUCAAUUCUAUCAGAACUUUUUGGAGCAAGUAAAAAAUCCUGAAAUAAUGAAUUCUUUUUACAAGGUUCUGGGCUUGGAACUGAAGAUGCAGAUGGUGAUAUAUGGUAUUGGCAGCAUUGAAUCAUAUGAAACCCCUCGAUUUCAGCUUAGCCUUGCAAUCUUGAUGAAGAGGAAGUUUGAUUGGAUUGGGAACAUAGAGGUUUUUGAUCCAAUUAUUUCUGCAACGGAAUCUCGGGUUCUGGAAUCCCUUGGUUGUUCCGUUCUAUCUGUAAAUGAGCAAGGUCGCCGGCGUGCUACAAAGCCAACACUUUUUUACAUGCCACAUUGUGAGGCAGAGUUAUAUAACAACCUCUUACUGGCUAACUGGGAGUUAGAACUGCUGAAUCAUAUUGUAUUAUUUGGAAAUAGCUUUGAGAUGUAUGAGUUCUUGACAGAGAUUAAGAACUCCAUUAUUGUUGAUUCAACAGGGCAUAUUUUGGCUGCUCGAAAAUUUGCAGAUGAGUAUGUAAUCAAGACAGUUUCAGAUGAUUAUUUUGCUGCUUUUCAUGAUUCAAGCUGGCAUUUUUUCAGCCCUGAUCUUGAUACAGAACUGCUGUGUAAAAAAUAA